UCUCAAUAGAAUACUCAGUUUGUUCCGGAGCAUUUGGACUCAGGCGUAAUGGUGUAAUCACAGUGAAAGCGGCGGAGAAAGAGACCUGCAGUAAUCCUGUCCACCAUUUUACGACUGUUUUUGUUCCAUUAAUGUUUAAUUUGUGCAUAUUUAUUUCACUUGAUGGAUGCAACAGUGCUACAUCCUCAAAUGAUGGCGGAUGUGAACUGCAACCAAAAUAUUGCCAACGCGGAGCUAGAGGUGAAAAAGCUACAAGAACUGGUCCGUAAAUUGGAGAAGCAGAACGAACAACUAAGGACCCGGGCAAAUGCCGUAGGCAGUUGCCGAGCUACCUCUCACAUUUUACAGUCUUCGCCGGCCUGUCUUCACGGCAGUUCCGUUGGAGCUGUAGCUAGCCCAGUUUUCCCCGGGAGUUAUUAUAUUGCGAGCCCGGCAUCCACUCUCUUGUGUCCGUCCGCCCUAGACCAGUAUUGCGUGUCCGAAGAACCAUACGCGUAUUUCAACCCGCAUUCUGUUACCUAUGGCGAGACAGAAGAUAUAAACAGCGGCUUCGCGGAACCUACGGUCUUGGACGAAGUUGAAAUAUUAGAUCUAAAUUCCAUUCUCCCUUGCAAUGAAGGUUCUGAAGAUACCUGGUUGUACGUGCCCCCAAAUGCCAGAAAGUGGACAGAGUUCAGCCUCAGCCCACUGCAGUGGAGCAGACAGGUGCUGGACCACCCCAGGGCCGAGGUGGAGGCCGCUAAACGCACCCUGUGCCACAGGCUGGCGCAAGCCAAAAAAUGGAGGGGUGUGUUGUCUAGCCGCGUGCCUCCUGUCUGCCCGCCUGUGGCCGGUGUUCCCCCCCUCUGCAGCUCUCCUAAGCCCUGCUCUCGACCCACACUGCUAGAGCGACCAGCUUCAUUCUCCUCAUCCAGCCAUACCCCACCCCUCCCGACUCCAAGAACCAAUAGGAAGGACUACUCCGGUCUAGCCGAGAGGUCUCCCUCAUUCCUGUAUCACUCAGCCAAUCAGAGUGCCAGCCGCAGACUGCUACCUCUGAGUCGGCAAUCGUCCGUCGACAGCGAGCUCAGCGCCUCAGAGCUGGAGGAUAGCUCAAUCGCCAUGGGAUAUAAGCUGCAGGACCUGACGGAUGUGCAGAUCAUGGCCAGACUGCAGGAAGAGAGCUUGCGUCAGGACUACGCCUCCACCUCUGCCUCAACCAAUCGCCGGAGCUCCAGCUUCUCAUUCCGCCCACGGCGGCCCAUGUCCAGCCAGCUGGAUCUGUCCGGAGAGGAGGAAUACGACCACACGCCCCUCCCUGAGCCCCGCGCAGCCCACGCCACGCCCCUGCAGCGGGGCCUGUCCCACUCCCUCUCCUUCUCCGGCUCCAGGGACCCCCGCCGCAGCCCCUCCACCCCCCAGUACCUCAGCAGCCUCUUGUUCCAGCAAAACUGCGGCCUGGCCUCGCCCGGCUACAUCCCCGGAUACAUGCCGGACGCGUACUCGCAAGGCCACCGGGCCGGCAGAGCAAAACUCUUACGGUCUCCUGUUGGGAAGCAUACAGAAUAUGAGCAUCACCUGCAGAGAAGCAUGCCCAACUUGGUGCGAGCUCCCAGCAUGCCCAGUGUUCCCAGUGUCCUCUCCGUACCCAGCAACAGUGGUCACAGCAACGCUACUUCCUCAAUGCGCAGCAGCCAGAGCUUCGACUCCUCCAAUGGGCUGGCCAGGAUUCAGUCUACAAUUCCCUCCCCAGGUCCGCUGCAGUACCGGGUCCAGAGUGUGGGGAACUUCUCUGGGUCUUCACGGCCACCUCUGAAGGCCAUGGCCUAUGUCAGCCCCACCAUAAAGGGCUCGCCAAGCCUACCCACUGCCAUCAGUGCUCAGUCCAGCAUACCCCUGCCAAACAAACCCAGUACCCCGCCCACAACAGGCCGCAGUGCCCUCCCCCGCCCUGCCUCCUUCAUCGGGGCAGGUGCCAUCCCACGCAGCAAAAUAGCCCAGCCGUUACGCAGUUUGCUCGCACCUCCAAAGAGCGUAUCUGCCCUCAGCACUCUACGGGAUGUCAGCUGGAGAGAUGGAUGCUACUGAACAAGGGGAAAUGGCACAGGAAGAUGCAGGAAUGACCCAACAGUGCUGGAUGCUCAGUCACGGCUGUCCCUGAUUACUGCCCCGUAAGAUGUUCUAUGUGAGAGUAACUGGUUGACCUGGGGAUGCUGGGUGGCUCACUCUGUUAAGGCCUUGUUCUAACUUGAAGAUGUACUGGAUGUAUUCUAGACUGUGCCAAUGUCAGCUGAGUGAGAUAGGCCUGCAGGGUGCUAAACUGACAGCUUCACCUGGUGAAGGAGGAGUUUCAGUGGUAGGAUGUCUGUGGCCAUGUCUGAAUCAACUUGUCUACUAUUCAGUAUACAUGUUGCACACAAGUUGUAUGCAACUUGUAUACUCAGUAGUAGACAGGUAAACUGUUUUGGACAUGGCCUAUACUUCAUUGUGCACCAGUGACCCCCUCUGGUCAUUUAGGUCCCUGCAGUCUUCUAACUCAAUGGGCCCAUUCCAAUCGUUAUUUCUUCUCUUCUUCUUACUUUCAAUUGCUCCUGACCUGGAAAUCGAUCGAGGUCUGCCAUCUUUAAGGACAUUCCAACCCGGUAAAAUGUUCCUUCUAGAAACUAAAAGGAGAAGCUAGGCCAAUCUUUCCUUUGAGCAAGAAAAAAUCUGAAAGCUGGACGUAUAAAUGAUCGACCUGUGGAUCCACCUCUCCCAAUCUGACAUGUCUGUAACUGACGUGGCUUGGAACUGACGUUUGAAGGAGCAAGGACAUUCCAUUUACCUAAUUCAUUCAUUCCCCCAUCUUCAUUUCUUUUUCUUGCCAUUUCCCUAGCCUCCGCCAAUGGAUGGAGCUAGGAGAAGAUAGAAGGGCAAAAAAUAGAAAACAGAUGAGAGAAAUAAGUGAUUGGAAUGAGCCUACAGUCUGUGGGGGCACUGCUAGGUGAAAAGAAGCAGUGGCUUGACAUUCCUUGCAUGUCUGUGCUAUUGAGAGGACGUAGCAGGAAUGAGCACAUGCACAACCUUUGGAUUAAGCGUGGUUAAAAAUGGAUGAGCUGUGCAGAAAGUCUCCAAAGUGAGUCUGUGAGAUACUCAAUGAUACAGGUUGAACUGCGGUAAACAUUCACGUUGAGUGCUGUUGAUAUGCUACUCCUACGGGUAUAAUAUUAUGAUUCUUUAAGCAAAGCAUACUAGCCAAAAAUGAAUGUCGAUGAUAAAAUGGGAUCAAUUUUUUAAAAACCGUUUUUUAAAUUAGCAUUACUAUUGGAUUGCUUGCCGUUUUUUUCACACAGAAAUUGAAUUGGACAGAAAUUGUUUAAUAACAUGAGCAUAACAUGAAAUAAAGUCUUUGUUAUAUUAUGAUAUUUGCUCAAAAAAAAAAGAUUUCAUUUUCUAAGUGUUUACUUGAAACAAGAAGUUGUUUUUUUUGACUGAGCAAAGCUUUUGGCCACACUUAUAGCAAUAUGCCUAUAAUGUCACUGUUCAUUUUAAUCUACCCCCCCCCCCACACGUAAAAAAACCUUGUUUUACAUUCUGCAGUGUUUUGUGUUCCUUUUCAAGCACUACAUUAAUAUUAAACUUGUACAGCUGGGAGUGUGUUAUUUAUUUAUUUGUCUACCUACACUAAAAAAAAAGGGUUCCUAAAGGCUCCUUUGUAUUUCCAUAGAGGAAACCUAUCACGUUCACAGUGAAUGGUGAAAUCUUGGAGGUUCUCACUUCCCACACCUACAUAGAGGGUUCCAUUAAGAAUUAAAAAGGUUUCUUCUAUGGAAACAAGCCAAAGAACCAAUCCGAGAGUGUUUGUAUUUAUCAGCUGUAUUGUAUGGGAAUGUAUUUUGAAAGUUAAAUAAAGAUUUAAUAUUAUGGCACUUA